AUGCCUCGUCCUCCAUCCAACUCGAAGCGACAGCAAGGCGCUGCCAAUGUACGCGAUACUCGACACGACAAUGGUCUUGUAGGGCCAGGGAAGAGGGUGCCUAGGCAAAAGAGUAAUGGACACAUGAACGGACAUGCGAACUCCUCCGAUUCUAUCCCAUCAACACCACCACCUUCGACCCCACCACCUACAAAUGGACACGCGAAAUUACCUGGAAAUGAUGACAACACCUCGGAACAUAAGUUGGGGGGAGAUGUGGCAAGGAGGACUUCAGUUGGUGGCCAUUCAGAUUCUUCUCAAGAUGGUUACAACAUCCCCACGAUUUCUUUCCCACAGGAAAACCAUCGCCAUAUCAAUGUCAAUUCUGCCAAAAACCCUUCCGUACAUCGCGAUUCCGGCCCAUGGCAUUUCGCGAAGACGGUGUUGACAUCCUGUCCCAUCUCUGAUACACUGGCCAUUCUUAUUGUUCUUCUCCAGGUCCCACCCGCUUUCUUGACGAUCAUCCAAUUACUGUUCGCCACUUUGACAUUCGUCCCCCCGUCCACAACUGCUACAUCUGGAAUAAGCUUUAUCGAUAUGUUUGAAGGAACUACUGGUACACCAUCAUUGGCAACGAUUAUGGUGGUUGACGUACUGUUUCUCUUAACGUGGGUAUUUUUGUAUGGUCCUCUGCAGGAGUUCAUCUUACAAUUUGCACAAUCGGUGAUCGCAUUGACUUUGGGAGGCGGUCUCAGUGGAAAAGAAGCUGGUAUGAGGAACGUUGUUCUCUGCUUCGGUUAUAUUGGGGUCUCGCAUUAUGCCUCGAUCAGCAACAUUAAAUCUGUCGGACUUCGUACUCUACUCUCAUCCCCACGAAACUUUUUAGGAUCAUUCGACCUCGACGAUCCUCUCGAAUCGAUACCAAUCCCUAUACCGAAUUGGAAAGACCGGAUACCGAUUUGGGUUAGAAAUAUUCUUGCGGUUCACAUUCUUGCACAAGGAGUAGUGCGGUAUAUACGAGAUUUAUAUGUUAGAAGUCAAAAACGCGAUCAUGCAGCAUCUACCCUGGGGGAUCCUGAAGCAGCGAAAGGAUCAGCAGAUGGAGCCAAUGAUUCUUCCACUACAAACCCACAAACACCAGAUAACGAAGCUUCAAAUUCAUUACAUGCUAGUCAUACAGCCAUUACAACCAGGAAAAAGAGAAAACAAAGUGCACAAGUCCGCAUACAGCAACCUUUAUGGGCAGCUUUAGCAAGUACAAAAAUCGUCAUGGUCAAAGAGUACGAGACGUCACACGCAGCUGCGGAAUCGGCGGGUACAAAUGCGACAGAUGCUAGUAACCUUGGAAAUGCACCCUUUAGUACCGAGCCAGAUCGAAUUUGGAUUACCAAUGUUGGGUCUGAUGCUGUUUUAUUUAGUACCAGUUAUUUUCCCGAAUUCACGAUACCCGAUGAGAAUCAAGAUGAUACGGAGGGAUCAGUUGUGAAUUCGAGGAUGCCCAUUUUCGUUAGGGUCAAUCAAGCACAUUGGCAACCCACGAGAAUGGAAGCUAGUACUAAUCCUAGCUUACCCGCUGGAAAAAACACGUGCUGGGAUGGAGAAAUCUUUGGACUUGCACCUUCUAGCAGUUAUGAGAUAGAAUUUUUCAAUGUCGUUAACAACAAAGUCAUUUUUUGCACCAGCGUCAAAACGCUUAAUACACCAUCAGACACUGCAGCUGCAACUUCCCUUUCACCUCUCCCUCCUCAAGUGUCAGGACGACCAGGAUCACCCAGUUCCACUAUUCAACAAUCAAUUCGAGCAUCCAAGACUAAACUGGAAGAAGAGCGUAGCCGUCAGAAACGCGAACGUAAAGAUCAACGCACGAAAAUCCAGACACUUCGCAGAGAAAUUGAUAAGCUCUCACACAUCAUAGCCACAUCAGGUGGCAAUGAUGAAAAACAACGUCAAAAAAUUCAACAAGCCACCCUUCAGAUUAGACAAGCAGAAGAAGCCAUUACUUCCAUUCAAGCUGAAAUUGAAAUUGCCGAUCGAUUACCUUCAGCAUCCAAGGAUUCCGAGUAUAUCUCAGCAAAGCAGAAGUAUCGAACACAAAAAGACCUCUACGAGAAAGCUAAAUCAGACUUCAUCACGAAAAAGAAGGAGAAUGAAAAGCCAAUCGCAGCUUUAAGUGCAGAGCUUCUCAACAAAGAACGACAAUCCGAGAAAUUGGAAGCUAGAUCUAUUAAACUUACUCAUCAAGCAGAUGAUCUCCGUGAAGCUAACACCAAAGGGUUGAAUGAAGUUCAACGUAAGGAAAAGCAACGGAAGGAUAAAGAUGAUGAGAGGAAGAUGGUUCAGGCUAAUUGGGAUAAGUAUAACGUGGAGGCGCAAAUGCAACUCCAACGAUAUACUGAUGAUCUUACCAUGCUUUACCCAUACAUCGAUCAAUACACUAUGGCUUUGCAACAGCAGCAUCAACAAGAAACGAAUCAAUUGUACGCCAAUUCCCCUUGGACAACAGCAGGUGAAAGUUCAAUGUCCACAUUUCCCGCAUACGCUCCAAUCUCGAAUAUGGCACCGGCUAUGCCUCACAUGGGUGGCUUAUUGACAAUGUCACAAACCACAAGGCAAAGAGGUAGAAGCUCGAGUAUGUUAAGUAACGAGAGUGGAUUUACCCAAGGUCCGGAUUCAGAUGAGGAACAUAUUCCUUUUUAUGGACCACAUCUUCAAUCACAAUCCCAACCUCACUAUUCUCCAUACAAUACCAACCAAUCACCGAGUCCAUUCGCUCCCGCGUUCCGAAAUACGUCAACAUCGAUUUCUCAAUUCCAACAGAAUGAAUCAUUGAAUUGGCCACCAACUCGCAAGGGUAGUGGAUCAGGUGAUGUAGAUGCAUCGGGGAGUAGAAGUGGAAGUGAGAGAGAUAGUAUUGGGGAUCCAAAAAGCCCACUGAAUGAAAAGAGUCAGUUACCGUUGCCUAUUGGAGCGGGAUCGGGCUUUGGAAUUGGAAGCGCAGGAUCUAGGGGCUUGAGAGGGGUUUGGGAUAAUUGA